AUGGGUCGACUGGUGGCUGAUCAAAUUUACUGGCGGGGGCACGUGGUAAUAAAGCAGGGUCAGCGGACCGAGCGAGAAAUGCUGAGACUUGGAAACGGAGCGAUUUAUGGGCCUAUAACUCAGCGCAGUGCCAGAGAGAAGCAGGAGGAAGGGAAGAAGGAUUGCAACAGGGACGAAGGAGGAAGAGGAGGAGGAGAAGAAGGAGGACAAUAUGCAGUCGCCCUCAGCUAG